UGUGACGGAUACACGGACUGUAUUGGUGGAAGGGAUGAGCAAAAUUGUCACAACAUGACACGAUGUAGAGUGGACGAAUUCGAGUGUGCCAGCGGUUCAUGCGUCAGCAAAAGAGCAAGAUGUGAUGGACGAAACGAUUGUCUCGAUCACUCUGACGAGUAUAAUUGCAAUGUGACCACCUGUAGCGGAGACCAAUUCCGGUGUCUCGACGGUAUCUGCUUAAGUAUCGACAAGCGCUGCAACGGAAUCCCUGACUGCCGCAAUGGCGAUGACGAACAUCAAUGCGGUUGCGGAGAUGCCGAGUUUCGCUGCACGGACGGCCGCUGCAUCGGCUACGAGUUGCAGUGCAACGGGAUGAACGAGUGUCCUGACGGAUCCGAUGAAAGGGACUGCGAAAAGUAUUCGUGGCAACCCUACUAUAAUGCCCAAAAGUUGGAUGCGAUUGCACGGAAGUCGUGGAUUUUCUACGGUCGAAAACCUAUAGAACGCCGAAGGAAUAUGAAUAUGAAGCCCGAAACGACGGAAAGUAUCUAUCGACUCACCAUCAAGCCAGUCGUGAUGAUCGGUAACCCGAUCUUGAAAGCGUUUCUGGAAGAAGCUCAACGACGGAGAUCCCCAAACUCUACGCUGCAGAAUUUCUCGACAUACUCGACAAGAAUUACGCCCAAAUCGAAAAAUAACGAGCGCACCUCGUCCUCGCAACACGAAUCGGACAACGUAGAAUUUGAUCAAUCCCACGAACCUGACAUGAAGAAUUGCAAUAACGGCAUUCAUCAUUUAACUAUCAACCACGCCUUGUUGCAAUUAACUGAGCUUCAAACUUUCAAACCUAAAUCUUUAAAAUUGUCAGACAGUCUUAUAGGAUCAUUAUUAAGAUUCAAACAUUACAAUCUUUUAUUAAAAGAUGUUCGCUUACAAUUUAUUAAUAAUCAGGAUGAUGGAACGCAAAAAAUGAAAAAUGAAAAAAUGAAGAAAGCUAUCGGAACGACAUUAAUGUAA